UUGUUGGGCAUCAUGAGGAACGGCCGUUUCUGGCUAUCGACACAAGUUGGCAUCCAGACAACAACAAACACGCAAAGGUGGUGUUUCGAUUUUCUACCGCAAGCCGCCUUCCGGCAGUGGCAGUGGCAGAGAAAUAGAAGGCUCGAGACGUCAAAGGCGUUGAAGCGAUGUCACUGAUGACGGACAGUGACGGCGACGCAGGGGGGAGGGCACCGUGAGCGGCGGCUGGGGUUGUGCGAUGGGCGGCGGCGCUCGUGCGGGCAGUAACCAAGUGUCGGUUG